UACCAACCCAAAAUGAUAAAUACCAUUUUCAUUUGGUUAACCGCUUGAAUUUGAUUUUUGUCUUGACAAAAGUGGACUUAAGACGAUUAUGAGGUUAAAAAAGAGCCCCAAGAAAGAUUAUUUUCACCCCAUAGUGACUGAUACUUGGCUAAGGCAUAAACAUAUUUUCAAGUUCUGUCCUAGCAAGCAUUGCUUAUUUAAUAUUUCUUUCUGUCAUUUCUGCUCAACUAUAAAAGGUCUAAUGGCACCUAAAAAAGGAGCAGCCAAACCAGCAAAGGCACAGGCAGGAAAAAGUGAAGAUGCAGGAGGAAAGGAGAAAAAAGGAGGGACUGCAGUAAAGGUUCGGCACAUCCUCUGCGAAAAACAGAGCAAAUGUUUGGAAGCUCUGGAAAAACUAAAAGCUGGUCAGAAGUUCCCUGAAGUUGCUAUGGCUUAUAGUGAAGACAAAGCUAGACAAGGUGGUGAUUUAGGGUGGAUGACCAGAGGUUCAAUGGUAGGACCUUUCCAAGAUGCUGCAUUUGCCUUACCAAUAUCUUCUGUGAAUAAUCCUGUUUAUACAGAUCCUCCAAUCAAAACUAAGUUUGGUUAUCACAUUAUAAUGGUAGAAGCAAACUUAUUAGAUGGAUAAGUUGGGAGUUGACUCUCAGUUGUCUGUAACUUCAUUUUUCAAGCUGUUAAUAACUAACCUAUAGGGUCAACUGUGAUAAUUGUAAACACUUUUGACAGGUUUGUUUACAUUUACCCAAAUGUCUUAUUUUCUCAGUACCAAAAACUAAGGGAUAAAAUUUAAUAGGAAAGCAUAAUUCUCUCAUAUUUUCAUUGUUUUUUCCAAAGAAAUAAGAUUUCUUGAAAAUUUUUUAAAUGUUUAUUUUGAGUAUCAAAAAGACACGUUUUGUUUACUUUUGCCUGGUGUUUUAGGUUUAAAUGUAAACACUUUAUUUUUAAACUAUAUGUAUACUUUCACUAGGGAAAAUGUAAACACAAUGAGUACUGGAUGUCUGAUAAUAAUCUCAAGUGGUUUUAAGGAAUGUUUACAUUUACCCCAAGUUCCAUUGUAUUUAUAAAUAAAAACUGAUUAAUUGCUCGGGAGGAACUUUAUUUUACAAACAUUAUAAAUAUAAACUGGAGUAUUACCAAUGCGUAAUAAAUUUGAUUAGAGGUAACGAUUCUAAAAGAGACACAACCAAAACUAGGAACUUCAUUUUCCUUAAACUUAUGUUAACAAUCAAAUUGUUAAAUAGAAAAAAACAUAAAUAAAC